AUGUCUGCUCUUCGCUCACAACCUUUGCAACCAUUGAAUAAUGGCCAGCUCAAUGCUCGAACGAACAAUGUCACCCCCGUCAAGCUUGGAAAGUGGUCAAAGGAAAACGUACAGACACAACACCCUGAACAAAAGCAACAGGUGAAGAAAAAGAAGGAGAAAUUGUCGGCAUUGUGUAAAACACCUCCCUCAAUCGUUAGAACAAGAAAUGGAAGAGAUUAUCGCCGUGGAAAUUUUUUGGGAGAAGGCGGGUUUGCCCGUUGUUUCCAAAUGAAGGAUGCAUCGGGGCAAAUAUAUGCAGCCAAGACCGUUGCCAAAGCAUCUAUUAAAAAUGAAAAAACAAAAACAAAAUUGUUGUCAGAAAUCAAAAUUCACAAAUCGUUAAAGCACCCCAAUAUUGUCAAUUUUAUUGACUGUUUUGAGGAUGAUAUCAAUGUCUACAUUCUAUUAGAAAUAUGUCCGAACCAAUCGUUGAUGGAACUUUUGAAAAACCGGAAAAGAGUAACUGAACCUGAAGUACGUUUGUUUAUGGUGCAAGUAGUUGGUGCUAUCAAGUACCUACAUUCGCGAAGGGUGAUUCAUAGAGAUUUGAAGUUGGGUAACAUUUUUUUCGACCCUGAUAUGAACCUCAAAAUUGGAGACUUUGGCCUAGCUUCUGUGCUUCCAUCAAGCGAUGCCAAAAAGUAUACUAUUUGCGGGACUCCAAACUAUAUAGCGCCAGAGGUUUUGGGCGGAAAAAACACAGGACAUAGUUUCGAAGUAGAUAUUUGGGCCAUUGGUAUAAUGAUGUAUGCUUUGUUGGUUGGCAAACCACCUUUUCAAGCCAAGGAUGUCAAUGUAAUCUACGAAAGAAUCAAAAAGACAGAGUAUUACUUUCCAGAAGACAAACCUAUCUCUGAUUCAGCAAAAUAUUUGAUCAAGGACUUGUUAAGCUUAAAUCCUUUGAACAGGCCAACAAUUGAUGAGAUUUUAACAUAUGACUGGUUCAAGGGCCCGUUCCCUGAUAGAACAAGAGAAGUAAGCUUGAUGGAUACCCCAGAUGGACUCGAUUUUAUAUCAAGGGCCCAGUCAGCGAUGAACUUCAAGUCUGCAAAAGACAUGGCAGGUAUUUACACACCAAAGAACAAGAAUCCUAUUGAAAUAUUGAGGUCAGAUUUGCAUUCAGAACAACCAAAAGCAUUACUUCCACAAUCGCUUUCACCUAAUGAUACUAAGAGCAAGUAUCAAGAGGUAGACCCCGAGCAGCUUGGCAGGCCGAGAAGGGUCAACUUUAAUUCACAUUUUUCCACAACGAUCAAGCGUCUUGACCAGAUAUGUUUUGAAACGUAUCAGAACAUUAGAAGGUUGGAGCACUCGAAACACGGCAGCAGCUUGGACUCGCUUGAAUUACCCAAGUGCGAGAACCCAACAUUAAUAAGUAAAUGGGUAGACUAUUCAAACAAAUACGGAUUUUCAUAUCAAUUGACCAAUGAUGAUAUCGGGGUUCUUUUCAACGAUGAAAACACAUUGUUGAAACUUUAUAAUUCAACCAAGUUUUUGGAGUUGAUUUAUCAUGACGAGGAAGGGUGGACCUGCAUUGAAAACUCAUUGUCGCAUCCUCCUGUUCAAGCAAAGAGGCAAUUGGAAAUUGUGGACUUCUUUGCAAAGUACAUGAACAGCAACCUUUCCAAAGUGAGCGAGACUGGUGAGAAAAAGGAGAUUGUGUUUUUGAGACGGUACAGUAGGACUCCAGACUACAUUAUGUUUGAAAUGACCAAUGGUAAUUUUCAAUUCAAUUUCAAAGAUCAUCACAAAAUUUGUAUCUCAAAAUCAGGUUUAGCAAUUACACAUAUAUCUCCAAAUCGGUUGACUCAAACGCACCCAUUAAUCCUCGUAAUGCAAGAAGGAAACUUCCCCAAGGAACCAGUUCCCGAAUGCAUGAAAAAGAUAGCUAUCAUCAAGGAGGCUAUUAAAAAAAGGGCUUUUAAAGAAGCCUGA